AUGUAUCUUAGAGAUCCUUAUUCGGAUAACUUAUACGCAAAUCACAAAUGCAAACGUUUUUUUGAUUUACUCACCGAAUUUCAAAGGAAUGUAACCUUACGACACGAGACUAAAUUGAAAUCUCUCACCAAAAAACUGAAACCCGUUGUCAGGGAGGUCAGUUUUAGCUCGAAACCUUCGUGCAAUGAAUUAUUAGCCAAAGCUAAUGGGGUUCCGCUACCCAAGGAGUUCACGGAUGAAGUUAUCGACGAUUUGAACGUGGCUUCGACCGGACGUAGUUUUGGCGGGUUCAACGAGAUUCCGGAAUUGCGAAGGCUAGGCAUCGGACCGUUUCUCUUUGAGUUACGCAAUCAAAUACUUUCUAAAGUUGGAAGUUCAACCGAUGACUCCAGCGACCACUUAAAAUUAGCAAUAUAUAGUGGCCACGAUGUUACCCUCGCUCCGCUAUUGGCAGCACUCGAUGCUUACGAAGAUCGAUGGCCGCCGUUUGCGUCCCACAUAACUAUUGAACUAUUUCAACAACGACAGGGACCUCAUAGCUCGCAAACUUAUGCCAUUCCAAAAAUAAGUGAUACGGUGGAUCGAAAAAAAAGUGACGCUGAAAAGUACGAUGGUUAUUUUGUCCGAGUAAAAUAUAACAACAAAAUUCUAGAACUACCCGGGUGUAAGAAAAACGGUGCGCAUCAUACGAACGACAAAUCCUUGUGCACAUUGAAAGCAUUCCUAGAGGUUUUGGAUAAACAGAUUCCAGUGGAUCUCGAAAAAGAAUGCAACCCCAAGAAUAACUGA